CAGACGAGUUGCGUACAGCAGAGCUUUCAUCAUCUCCUACAUACAAAUUUAAGCAACCACCUGCUUUCCUCAUCACCACAAGUUAUUAUAAAUAUCCAAGUUAAUCAUUCGCCAAUAGUUUUGCAUAAUGGCGCACAUGCACAUUUAUGGCGGUAUUCAUGGCGGUGGCGGUGGUAACACGACAUUUGGAGGUUUCGUCUUUGCCUCGACGGGACAGCCCGUGUCUGGCAAGAGUAAAGAUAAGACCAGCACGACGGUGACAUCACCUGUGAAAAUUACCUUCAAAUCAUCUCGGGAUAGAAAAUAUAACGAAAUAAGGGGCAAAGUUCAGCAGCUCUUUAAGGACAAGGCGCAUCAUGGCCUCAUCAUCGAGCUGUAUGGAACUUUGCAACUCAAAGGACACGCAACCCUGCAACUCACGUUAGCGUCUCAAAAUGCCUCCACCUCAUCCCAAUCUCUGGCCUCAUUUCCACUCACGGGUCCCCAAAAUUCUGAAAAUAGUCAUGUCACGACGAAAGCAUACCAAAAGUUUCCGUUUGUCCUCAACUUUCCCGAAGACCUCCCCCUUCCACCCACCUUCUCCUGCCCGCUGGGAUCCGUCUCGUACAAAAUCGUCGUGUCUAUGCGCGUCAACCAGAAACUUGUUCUCCUCGAGGAGCAGGAAAUUUACUAUUUUGGCGAAAAGAAAAUUUCUCCGUCGGAUGUUUCAGCAGUUUUGAAACAUUUGGUCAUCGCACCUUCGCAUCCUGGUGAACAACUGACAAAUUGUUCCGUUGCUCAUGGCAACGCUAAUAUUUCCAUGCAACUUCCCAAACGAGAUUUCUUGUCGGGUGAAGAUAUCCUUUUCAAUAUUAAAUUGAGUGAUCCCGACAAGUCUGGAGGGGUCAAGUUGAUCAGGGUAUUCUUAUUGAGGAGUGUCCUGGUAGAGGUCAGAGGUCACAGGGAUCGCAAGGAGGAUGCAAUUCUGGAUGUCGUCACUUUCAAGAGAUUUCUGAAAAGGGGGGAAACUUUACGGAGUGGAAAGUUCAAAUGGGACUCUAUCCCGACGGCGAGUUAUGCUGGCCGGUUUGGUGGGGGGAUUAACCUGGUGGGGAUUUCGUAUAGAGUGGAGAUUAAAGUGACGACAACAACGGGAGAAAUUUUGGCCAACCAGAUCGAAAUUGUGGUAGGAACGAGGGAAGGGUCACUGACGCCGACGGCGCCGGAAGAAAGCGUCGACGGCCCUUCAGCGCCGCCAUUGGGCGAUGAUGACGAUAAUCAAACUCCAGUCCCGUCAGCGCCACGGAGAAGUUUUGCAUCCUGGGGGCUGGUCGCUUCGUCGAUGCUUUCCCUACUUCCGCCCUCGUAUUCUCAACUCCCGUCGAGAUCAGAGUCACUUAUUUCGCUGGAGACGCUCCCACCGCAUUAUGAUGAUCUCGUGGAUUCGGAUAAUGACGACAAAUAAUUAAAUGUAAUCGACCAACCACCAUCGAGUUUAUCAUGGGAAAUCAACUUUUGAAAUUAUGAUCAUUAGGCACUAAAUAAAACGCUUCUGAAUGUUACCUUGUCCUUCCACACAUUCAAUAAUAUUAAAACUGUAAUUAAAAUCUAAAGUAAUUUUUCCUCGCACAAUACCAUAUUAAAGAAUACAUAAAUUAGAAAAUUAGUUACUUAAUCGAGACAUCCAUCACAAUUUUUAACCUGUGUAACACAACGUAGAUUUUACCAUUUGCGUAACGGAUUUGGUAACUACGAAUCUAUGCCCAAAUUUAAGUCAAGUUGGAGAAUAAUGUUUAAAACACGACCUGUAAUUCUAAUUCAAACCUAAUUUUUCCUAUAAAUUAUGGCAAUAAAUUGUUGUUGGAUUACCUCGA